AUGAUCAAGGCUUCAAAAAGACCUGGAAGCCCUACACAGGAGAGUAUCCAGAGAAAGAGGAAGAGGGGAGAAGAGAUGGGGGGAAAAGCUGAUGACAGACCCAGCAUGUCCUACAAUACUGACAUGGAACAGCUGUCAGGGACAAUCCCAGCAGACGCCCCCAUCCUUGUGACUGGACUGGAAAGCUUCACCUUCCAUAAAAUCCUUGGAGAGGGUGGUUAUGGUAAAGUCAUGCUGGCCACACAUCCCGCCUGCCAACAACAACUGGCAGUGAAGCUGGUGAAGAAGAGGGUCCUGCUUCAGGACUUUAAAGACACUGUCCUGAUUGAGCGACAGGUCCUGGAGGUGACUGGGAAGAGUCCAUUGUUUACCCAUGCUUAUGCCACCUUCCAGACCAAGGACUAUGCCUUCUUCAUCAUGGAGUUUCUUAGCGGAGGAGAUCUAAGUGGCCUCAUGAGAGCCAACGCCCUAUUCACCAUUCCAGUCACCAGAUUUAUGGCAGCUGAGAUCAUCUGUGGGCUGCAGUUUCUCCACACCAGAGGCAUCAUACACAGGGACAUAAAACCAGCCAAUAUCUUAAUGAACAGCGCCGGUCACUUGAAGAUCGCCGAUUUUGGUCUUGCCGUGAUGAACAUCUUUGGGGAUAAGAAGAUCUCAGAAUAUGCCGGAACUCUUAGAUACAUGGCUCCUGAGAUUCUUCUACGGAAGCCCUACAACACGGCAGUGGACUGGUUCUCAGCUGGUGUGAUGAUAUAUGAGAUGGCUACUGGCAAAUAUCCAUUCAAUGCCGGUAUACUGCCUGAAACAAUCGAAAAGUCACUGAUCAAUGAUGUUCCCACCUACCCAAAAGGCCUCAACCCCCAAGCUAGAGACCUUAUAGUGGGGGUGAGUAGAAAGACACAUAGCAGUAAUACAGCGGCUAAAUAUUAUGAAAAUGAGGACAUUGAAAAUCAGGGAUAG